UGGAACAUAUGAUGACGUGUCAUACGAGUAUUCGCGAGACGUAGCUGGCGCGUAGAGCGGGACUCAGUGUCCAAGAUCAAGGACCAUAUUGAUAACGUAUCUCUGUGUAUAAGGAUCGUAUUGAAGCAGUUCUAAACUUCGUGGACUGGAUUGGACAUCGUUGCCAACCUCCGGGAUGAUACAUGCAAUUAUCUCCUGCCUCAUCCGUCUGCGCGAUCGUCGCCGCCGCCGCCGGCACACAUCCUAAGCAGGCAGCGGAGCGCAGCACAGCACAGCACGGGCGGCUGCCGAGGCCCACGCCCCCUCGCUCUCCCCCGCCUCCGACCUAUCCCCUAUCCCAGCAGGCAGCACAUGCAAGAAGCCCCUCCCCCCAAAUCCCCAGCCAAUCUCGCCCCAACCCCAACACCACCGCCGAGAAAACCCUAGAGACAGUGCCGCCCAUGGUCAUCGCCGGCGGCAGGUUCGAGAAGAGUCCCACCGUCGAGAAAGCCGUGGAGGCAGCGCUGUCCGCGGUCAGCGCCGGCGGCGGGUCCGGGGAGGUCCCCACCGUCCAGUACAACAUCUACCAGCCGCCAUCCUCUCUCCAUGGCUGGCCCGACGACCACGACACUGAGGCUGCCAUCCGCCACCUCAGCCUCCUUGAUAUCGCGCGGCUCCAGCUCCCGGACGGCAUCCCCCGGCACGACCUCGUCUCGGAUCUCGUCGCCUCCUAUCACCAGGAGAACUGCCGCGGCUACGCCUACAUCUGACGCGUCCGCGUCAGUGUUGGCCGGAAGUCCUUCCUCAGCGCGGCAGCCGUACAAGCCACAACGGAGGUGCUCCCUCCACGGCGCAGGACGAGGAGCACAAGGAGGUCGUCCACGGUUACCUGCGCCUCCUUGCAGUUUAUGGAAAUGUGGAUCCUCCCGCAGUUCCACGGCAGGGACAUGUUGUCGUAUGUGUCGGCUGCGAUGUGGGAGGUGAAGAUGGAGUUAGCGCAUAGCGUCAACUGGGGUGAGCUGAUCUGGGACCUUGGAGCCUGGGCAGGCUGAUGCACACAAGCAUGAAGUGAAGCAUGUGAAGCAGCAGUUUCAGCAGGGCAAUCGACAAAAGUGGACCCGUAAGAGGAGCAAGCGUAGGGUACCUAGUGGAUCAACAAUCUCUUCCGCAAAUAGUUCUCGUGACAUUACAGGAUUAAAGAAUGAGAUUAAACGUGCUCGAUUGGAGAACCAACCUACAAAGGAGUUCCUUGAAGCAGAGAUGUUUGUCUAGGCAAUAAAGGUUCUGAAUGAGACACUAUCUGCAGAGACCAUCGUACAUAUCUUGCAGGACUCUCCGCCGUCUGGCUCCCCGCUGAUGCGUGGUGGUGCUGUAGUGGAGGUCACUAAAUAAGAGAAUGGUUCUCAUGCUCGAAUGUGAUCCUGGUGGGAUCAGUAACAUGAUGUAGAUUUGUCUUCGCCUGGUGAGCGUUGGCUUUUGGAGCUCGGCAUUUGGUGGUCUGUAGCGAGAGGGAUUAUCUGGCUCUGCUAGCUCUUGGUUGGCUACUGUCAGAAAACUUGGAUCACUGGUUCAUCUUUUGUAUGUUUUGCCCUCCUGAGGUCAGAAUACUUCAUACGAAACAAAAUUUAUAUAUCAUAUAUGUAUUGGAUGUUUGUACUUCUUUGGGAGCAGUCAGCAUGUGGAUUCUCGGGAUAUCCAGGUAGGCUCCUAUACUAAGAUAACAAUCAAGAAUGGCACUCCCAUCUCCUGACCUGGUCUGCGUGCUUCAUCAUCGUUCUUGUUGUUGCUUCAGCACCGACUAUGACUAGUAGGUCUUUGGGGGUGGUAUCUUCGCACUGCAAGGAUGAGCCCAAGAGCCUUAUGGGUCUUGAAUGCUGCCAGCAACUUAAAUGUGUCAAUGAAGCAACAUGUUCUCCACUGCUUCACAUGUUCUCCAUUUUCAUAUACAUGAAGAUGCAAUGUGUCACUCAGAAUGGUGGGACAUAUAACAGGACAGGAUGUAGAUUUGUUCUCUAGCGUUUGGCUUUUGGAGCUCGGCCUUUGGAGGUCUGUAGCUCUUGGUUGGCGGGACUAUUGGAAAACUUGUAUGCUUAGUUCAUCUUUUGGAUGCUUUUGCCGUAAAACCUGCAGCCAGAGUACAUCUAUGAGGAAAAAAUAUUUAUAUGUUGGAUGUUCUGUAGGUUUUUGGGAGUAGUCAGCAAGUGGGUGCUCGCGGGCCUGAUCCUUAUCAUCUACAAGUGGUUGGUUUGGAUAUUUUUCUUGUGUAAGUUCAUAAUGGGUAGAGCAUCGUUGCUGAGAAGAGGUCAUCUGGUGGUAUAGUGUUUUCAGUUGCAUUUUUUAAGUUUGUAUCAUCGUGCAAUUGGUAAUAUUUCAGUACUCACUCUGUUCCAAAUAAAUGUCUCGAUUUUAGUA